AUGGAGGGAUGGAAAUCACGGGUGCCGGAUGAUUACGGGAUUAUACACUAUAGAUCUUUAUCAGCUUGUAUGGUGUUCACCGGAGACCUAGCAAUAAAGAUAUCAAAGCAGGAUUCUUACGACUUUGCAAUGGAAUCCUUUGAAGCCUGUUUUCAUAAAUCCGUCAGGCCGCUGCUGAUAGUGUCUGCGUUUAUGAUUGUCUUCACCGCUGGUCUGUGUCGUAUUGGGGGUUUUAUCGGAUGUUCCUUCAUCAUGGAAAGGAACAUGGUAGACGACUACUACCUGGUUGGACACGUCUUCGCUAAUUUUUCAGCGGCAGGAGCGACGGAAUGCUAUAAAACAUGCCAAACAAACUGUCGGUGUAUUUCGUUCAACUUCCUAAAAAGUAUCAACCAGAACAAUUGCCAACUGAAUGAAGAAAACAGACAUACAAAGCCCGGUGCAUUAAAGCCAAUGAAUGGAUCUCAGUAUUACGAUCUUGUCACUGACUACAAAGUUACGACGGCAGGUUCAUCGUGUCCUUGUACCCAGUGCUCUAAUAAUUGUUGCAGAGAUCAGCCAUGUCUUAAUGGGGCAACAUGCCUGGAAAACUGUGAGGCGACCGGGAAAAGAUUUGUCUGCAACUGUGAUCCAGAGUUCACAGGCCAGUUGUGUCAAACCGUUGUUGAACGUUGCCUCGUUGCCCUCGGUAUGGAAACUAAAGGAAUCAGAGAAGGGCAAAUCAGUGCCUCUUCAGAAUACAGUGCUUCAAAUAUUGCUUCUUCCGGGAGACUACGGUUGCCAAGAACUUGGAUAUCUCAGGUCAAUGACAUCAAUCAAUGGCUUCAGAUCGAUCUGAUGACUAAUCUGUACGUUAGCGUGACACGUGUAGCAACACAGGGAAGAUAUGACUGGGACGAGUGGGUGAUUAAAUAUCAUCUGCUGUACAGCAGUGAUACAGUUAACUUUCAGUACUACAGAGACCAAGGACAAAGUGAAGACAAGGUUUUUUCUGGAAACUCCGAUCGUCACAGUGUAGUGCAACAUGACUUGAACCCAGUCAUUAAGCAACGUUACAUUCGUUUUCGACCUCUGACUUGGAAGGGAAGGAUUGCAAUGAGGGUAGAGCUGUAUGGCUGCCGUGAUUGUUUUGAAGCCCUCGGUAUGGAAAGUAACGCAAUUUCUGACGUUCAGAUAACUGGUUCUACAGAAGUUAAUAGUAAUUACGCCCCUCCACUCGGCAGACUACAUCUGCUGCCUGCAGUACGGGGAUUAUGUGGAGCUUGGGCCGCCGCCGGUGGUGAUACCAACCCUUGGCUACAGAUUGAUCUGAUUAAACAGAAUACUAAAGUUAACGGUAUAGCAACUCAAGGAAGGCAUGACGUAUCCCAUUGGGUGACAAAGUAUUCUUUGCUUUACAGUAACGAUUCACUUGCCUGGCUCUACUACAAAGAACAAGGAGUGAAAAAGGAUUUUACAGGGAACACUGACCGACUUACAGUGGUACCACAUGACUUGAACCCUCCAAUCACCACGCGAGUGAUUCGUUUUCAAGUUCUAACUUGGUACAGCUGGUAUGCGAUGAGGGUGGAACUGUAUGGUUGCCAUGUGACUUGGGCAGGUUGUAAAGCAAAGGCAGAGAACCUGUACGGCUGUCAAAAUUGCAUGGAAGCCCUUGGCAUGGAGAGCUAUGCAAUUACUGAUUCGCAAAUCGGUGCUUCUUCAGAGUACAAUGGCAUUUACCCUGCAGUUCGAGGCAGACUUCAUCUCAAGACCGUGCCAGGGUGGAGAGGUGACGCUUGGGUGGCUCAUCCGGGAGAUAGCACCCCAUGGCUACAGAUCGAUCUGAUUAAGCAGCGUAUUAAAACUGUCAGGGUAGUGACACAAGGAAGACACGACUCACCCCAAUGGGUGACAAAGUAUUCCUUGUCGCACAGUAACGAUACAAGUCAUUUUUUGUUCUAUAAAGAACAAGGGCAAAGUGCAAACAAGGAAUUCAGUGGAAACACAGACCAGCGCACUGUUGUUUCACAUGACUUGAGCCCAACAAUCACUGCACGUUACAUCCGAUUUCUGGUGCUCACUUGGAAUGCCUGGCCAUCAAUGAGAGUGGAGCUGUACGGUUGUCAUGAUUGUCGUCGCGCUCUUGGAAUGAAAAGUGGUGAAAUUGCUAACGCACAAAUUAGUGCCUCUUCGGAACUCAAUCGUAUUCACGCCGCCAUUCUGGGAAGACUAGAGUCCAGGGUAGUUGGAGACAAGAGGGGUUCUUGGGUAGCCCUCCCGGAAGACCGUAACCCUUGGCUACAGAUUGAUCUGCUGAGGCAGGACACCAGGAUAACACUGAUAGCUACCCAAGGAAGAUAUGACGCCGCUCAAUGGGUCACAAAGUACUCGCUGCUGUACAGCAAUGACACAAGUGACUUUAUAUACUACAAGGAACAGGGGCAACAAAAUGCAAAUAAGCGAUUUGCAGGAAACACCGACAGUCACACGGUUGUAUCACAUUUCCUUGACCCACCUAUCACGGCGCGUUAUAUUCGUUUUCAAGCUCUCGCGUGGUACCAAUGGGCAGCGAUGAGGGUGGAAGUGUAUGGUUGUCAUGGCUACAGAAACCCCGCUAAAAGCAGACUCACCGAGACUGGGGACCAUUACAUCGUCGCUAGGAGACGCUUCGAGUUAGCAAUUCCUGCAACUGAAUGGGACACCUUACACAGCGAAAUAGCUUCCAAGAUACCGAACGAUGAUGCUGGAAAACACUGGAUCUGGCUUCAAAAAAACAAAGAAAAUUACGCUGGUGCAUGUCUGGGCUUCCACGGCCCACUCAUCUGUCUUGACCUGGAUCCAGAUGUCAAACCCAUCCGUGCCCCCAAUCAUUGCGAGCCCAUUUCAAAGCUGGAUGCGAUCAAAGCGGCCCUGGAUGCCAGCGUCACCCGACUUCAAUGCAACCUCAGAAAAAAGGACAUGCUGUACCUAUGGUCAAUAAGGCACCAGCAAGCCUUUGAUUCACCAAAAGUCCUGGCCACCUCUGCAGCAUGCCUGGAAUACUUUGACGUAACUGCGCCAUUGAUCAAUCAAAUGGACGCCUCAGACUAUGGCCAAGGAGCUGCCCUCUUACAACCCAUCAAACCACUCAGUAGCAGCGCCCUUGACGAGUUUUCUCUGCGACCUAUUGCGUACAGCAAAAGGCCUAACCACUACCGAGAAGCGCUAUGCGCAAAUCGAAAAGGAGUGCCUGGCUAUUGUUGA